AUGGAUGUGGUGGGAGUGUCUGCUGCGUUUGUGCGGCGGUUCCUGAGCGAGGUGAAGGCGGAGCACCCGAGCGACUACGCAUCGCUCACCACAAAGGACGUGUGUGACAAGGUUGUGAUUCCACGCACAAGGGACGCACAGUGCGCGUACUCGGAUGUCAUCAAACGGGAGCAUCCACAAGAUGUGGGCCGGGCAAACAUCUUCGUCUCCCAUGCAUGGAGAUACAAGAUCACUGACGUGCUGGGAACGAUGCUUGAGUAUGCAGAUGCGCAGCAAGAGCAUCGUCAGCCUUUCUUCUGGUUCGAUCUCUUCAUCAACAACCAGAACAUUGCCGCAGAUCUCCCACAAGACUGGUGGAGCACAACAUUCAAGGAAUCAAUUGCAUCCAUCGGCCAUGUGCUGCUGGUGCUGACGCCGUGGAGUGACCCCGUCCCACUGACGCGUGCGUGGUGCCUGUGGGAAAUCUUCUGCAGCCUCAGCGGCGAGGGCGUGAAACUGACCAUCCAGCUCCCUGAGGCAGAGCGCGCCUCACUUCGCACGGCCGUGAUGGACGAUUUCGACGCCGUCGUCGACACGCUCGUCCGCGUGCAGGCGGAGAAGGCGGAGGCCUGGAACCCAAAGGACAAGGAGAUGAUCUUCAAGACCAUCCAGGCAAGCGUUGGAUUUGCACACCUCAACGAGAAGGUGAAGGACCAAAUGCGAUCGUGGUGCCUGCAGCAUCUCGCCUCCCUGAUUGACGAGGACGAGGCGGCCGGAAAGAGCGGCACGCGCGACUUUGUGCUGCUCUGCUACCAGGCUGGCACCGUCUUCUGGAACUUCAACGCCACAGACCUCGCCAUCGCCACGUUGACAAAGUCACUGGCCAUCAAGACAGCCGUCUUGGGCAAGCGACACCCAUCCACGGCCAACACAAUCGGCAACCUGGGCCAAUUGGCACACCACCAAGGGCUAUUUCCACAGGCGAUUGCAUAUCACUUACAGGCCAUCGAAAUCAAGGAGGAAACGCUGCCACCCAACGAUCGCGAGCUUGUCCCCACCUACCAGAACUUGGGCAUCGCGUACCGCAACACGCGCGAGUACGACAAGGCCAUUGCUGCACUGGAGAAGGCCCUGGCCAUCCAAAACAUCGAUCAAAGUCAGCAUCCAACAACGGCGCAGGUGCUCGGCAAUCUGGGCAACGUGUAUGCUGACAUGGAGCGCUACCAAGAUGCCAUUGCCUGCCAGUUGAAGGCCCUUGAGAUCCUCACCACGACAUUGGGACAGCACCCUGUCACGGCCAACAUGCACGGCAAUGUGGCAAACGCGUACCUGGAAACCGGCAACAUGGCAAAGGCCAUUGAGCACGUUACCACUUCACAGAAAAUGCUUGAGGCGGUGCUGGGCCCAACACACCCAACAACGGCACAAGCCGUCUUCAACACGGGCAUCUUGUACAUGCGAAACGGGCACUUCCAACCCGCAGCAGAGCACAUGGAACGAGCACUGACUGUCAUGCUUGCCACGAUGGGCCCACAGCACCCCAUGACCAAGACAACACAGGCAAACUUGACAUAUGUGCAACGCUUAAUGCACAAGCAGCAGCAGCAUAGGGAGAGCGGUAACAGUGACAAGCACGCUGGCAGCGCAGCAAGUGCUGGGCGCGUCGGCACGUCACUACCAUCGGCAGUGCUGACAUGCGAGCAGGGGCUUCUGUUGCGAUUCUUGGCCAGAGUUGCCCCGACAACCAUUGUCGCCACCGUCGCCACAACACAUCCGCCACCACCUCGUGGUGACAGUGAUGAACACCAACUGCUGCUGCGCUUCAUCCUCACGCACGCAGCAGCAUGGCAGGCAACAACCGAUGCUGAUGACGAUGGUGAUGGUGCUAACAUGACGACGACACAGGAGCGGAGCAAGACCACGACCAUCCAGCCAGGAGUUGCAGUGGAAGGGCAGGUAAGGAAAACGCCCUCGUGCUGUACAUUGAUCUGA